AUGCUUGAUGACGAUGACAAGUUUGAUGGAGCCCUUGAGCGUUCCCUGAGUCGUCUCACCCUCAUUAAAAAAGCCGGCGCCCGUAGCUCCGCACUUCCAGCCGCUGGUCAACCCUAUUAUGCCGACUUAUCUCCUUUCGAAGUCUCUCAAAUGUCCGGAGUAUCAAUUUCAAUGAUUCAACGCGAAGCAAUCGAUAGUCGUCAAUUCGUCUCAGAGCUCGAGUGGCUUCAUCAGCAAACUAUCGAUCGAUGCUUCCUGGAUGCUGAGAUGUGGACAGGAGAAGUAUUAGCAUAUCUGCCCAGUAAAUGGAGAGAAGAUGCUGAUUCCAUGAAUUUUUCGACGCCACGCCACUCCUACACAUCACGGUUCGCCAGGACCCUAAUCAAGAACAAGGACUUCAGAAGAGCCGCGCAUUUCCUGGAAAAGACUAUGGCGGAGAAUCCAUCGGAUCGUUUUCUUUAUUAUCGAACGUUAUUCCUGGCUCAUUUUCAAGAGCACCUGGAGAAUGAUUCAGAGGGAAUUGAGAGAAAAACUAGUUUUUCUGGCAAGAAGUCUCCGUUUUCAAGCCUUUAUCAGAAAAUGCAAGACGAGAAACUUCGGGAAAACGACGAUGUCUGGUUUGAGUAUCUAAUGGGGCUUCUAGAAGUUCAACUUGGCUUGAAGAAAGAAGCAGAGAAAUCAUUCAAGAGCGUGAUUGUUAAGGAGCCAAGACUCUGGCCCGCUUGGGAAAGCCUAACCCUUCUUAUCCAGGACAUCGAAGACGCUGACAGCUUUGCCACGUCUGUGGAAUCUCUCUGGAUGGCUGAUUGGUUCAUGGUUCUUGUCCUCCAACGCUUCCAGCAACACUCAAUGGCAAUCCAGAAAGCUGAGCAAUUGGUGGCACGUGGAUUGUCAGGAUUCCCAAUGAUUAUUACCAAGAUCGCAUCGUGCUCCAACGCUCGACACGAUCAUGAUCAGGCGAUUGCCAACUUUGAGGAUGUCCGAAAAAUGGAUCCGUAUAGACUGACUGAUCUGCACCUGCUCUCUGACUCUCUUUACAUUCGAAACGAUCAUAAAAAGCUGUCGGAACUUGCGCAAGAUGUCUACGAAUCACAUAAAUUCCGUUGGGAGACCUGCUGCAUUGUGGCCAACUACCACGCGAUGAGAAGGGAUAGCGAGCACGCCAUCAAGUUCUUCCAAAGAGCACUUCGCUUGAAUCCUGGCUUUGCGGCUCUCUGGGUUCUCAUUGGACAUGAGUUUAUGGAGAUGAAAAACCACGCGGCGGCUUGUGUCUCCUAUCGAAGAGCCAUUGAAAUCGACCCGGCGGAUCAUAGAGGAUGGUAUGGUCUUGGACAGAUGUAUGAUAUUAUGAAGAUGCCCGCGUAUUCUCUGUAUUACUAUCAAGAGGCUCAGAAAUGCAAACCACACGAUUCUCGACUCCUCGUGGCUCUUGGAGAGGUGUAUGCGAAGCUUCAAGAGAUCGAAGACGCUGAGAAGUGCUUCACUGGAGCCUAUCUGUUUGGUGAUGUCGAAGGAAAUGCACUGUGGAAUUUGGCAAAACUACAUGAGAAGUGUACGGAUCAUUAUAAGGCCGCGCAAGUGUUCGAAGUCUUCCUGGCGGUUUAUGAGCUGGUAACGUCGGCAGAGGAGAAAGUGAUGUAUGCUGUUGGAUAUCUGGCUAACCACUAUUUUAAGUAUGAAAAUUUCGAGAAGGCGCAUGAUUAUGCGACAAAGUGUAUGGCCUAUGAAUCGCUAUGCCAAGAAGGAAACCGCCUAUUCCGAGAAAUCUCAAAGAUCCACCAACGCGAAGCUGAAACUGCCGCUAAAGGAGGAACAGAUGCCUCAACAGUCAGACGAGCCGCCACACCAGGACCCAGCAAUCAGCAAGCACCUGAGGAGGGAGAUGCAGAAGUCGUCGAAGGCGGCGAAGAGGAGAUGUCGGAGGGCGAGGAUGAGCUUACUUUCUAA